AUGUCGGUGUUGGGCGACCCCACAUUAGUUCAGUGCCAUCAUGGGCGCAAACACUCCCAAGAAUACUCUUUACCCCAACCCUUACCUCCGCGACCGCUCCGCAAAACGAUCUCCAUCCCAACCGUAUCGUCACUCGUGAAGGAUUCGUGGAAUUGGGCCGGUGAUACUCUGCACACCUACCGUGAUGGUCUCUCGAAGGAACAACGGAAACAAAGGGCGGACAUCGAGGACCGCAAGCAAGUCCUGUAUCUGAAAAUAAAGAAUGCUGUGUCGUACGAAGAAUGGCGAAGUUGCGCCAGUGAACUGGAUGAACUAGAGGAUAACAACGCUUGGAAGCAGACACUCGAGUGCACCGAAUAUGAUCCUCGUUUGGUACAGGAUCGUUUGCGACAGUUGGAAGAGGCUCGCAUCAGCUGUGAUGUAAGCCGGAUGUUGUUCUUGGUGCGUACUGCGCUGAGUCGGGACCUGGCGCAUAUGAGCAAUGCCUCUCUCUAUCGCCAUUCGCAUAUUGGUACAAAGGACUUGAUCGAUAGGUAUAUCACCACGGCUUUGGAUACUAUCGCUACGCUGGUGGAUCUCUCGGUGCAUGAUCGCUGUGAUGGGUUGGAGCUGAAGUAUAUCCUGGACCAGCUCCUGGCAGCUCGACAGGCAUUUGGUCGCAGUGCUCUCCUUUUCUCCGGUGGUGCCACUUUUGGCAUGACCCAUAUCGGGGUUCUCAAGGCCCUCUAUGAAGCAAAAAUGAUUCCUCGAAUUAUCUCAGGUGCCUCGGCUGGUAGCAUUGUGUGCGCGGUAUUUUGCACGCGCACAGACGAAGAGCUUCCGGCGCUUUUGGAUACCUAUGUACAUGGGGAUUUCGACGUUUUCAAUGAAAAGGGCCAAGAGGAAAAUAUCUUGCAGAAGAUGACUCGUUUUUUGAAGUUUGGAUCAUUUUUUGACAUAUCUCACUUGGCGAAGACUAUCAGAAACUGGCUGGGGGAUAUGACUUUUCAGGAAGCAUAUAACCGCACCCGCAGAAUCCUAAAUAUCUGUGUGUCAAGUGCCGGCAUGUAUGAGCUUCCACGGCUGUUGAACUAUAUUUCUGCUCCCAAUGUGUUGAUCUGGUCUGCUGUCGCUGUAUCAUGCUCUGUUCCUUUUGUCUUUAGGCCAUUCACGUUGAUGGCUAAAGAUCCGUUGACAGGGGAACCGGUCCCCUGGAAUGAUCUUCACAAACAGUAUAUUGAUGGCUCGGUCGAUGGAGAUUUACCCAUGACACGCUUAUCGGAGAUGUUUAACGUGAAUCACUUCAUUGUCUCCCAAGUGAACCCCCAUGUGGUUCCAUUCCUUCCAAAGGAAACAGGCCCACAGGAUGCGACAGACGACGGCCCUUCGUUCAUUCCUCGAUGGAUGAACAUGAUGGCGCACCUUGCCAAAGACGAGGUCCUGCAUCGGAUGAACGUCCUCUCAGAACUUGGAGUCUUUCCAACAUCAAUGACCAAGUUUGCCUCUAUUGUGAACCAGAAAUAUCAUGGAGACAUCAACAUAUACCCAGAACUCCUUUCCUCUAACCUCCCAAGGCUCCUGGAGAAUCCCACAAAGGAGUUCAUGCUUUCAUCAUGCCUGAGUGGCGAGCGGGCGACAUGGCCGAGACUAAGCCGUAUCCGAAACCACUGCGCCAUUGAGCUGGCACUCGAUAAUGCAAUUCAAAAUAUGCGGGCCCGGGUAGCCUUCAGUCCAAGUCAGGUUGAUCUACGUAUGCCGCACCAUAGUCGUCACUCGAUUGACUCGGCAGACAGCAACGGAAGGGGACGUUAUCGCGACAGGCGAAGAGGGUCCCACAGCCCCGAAUUUGAAAAGAGGCAGUCGGGUGGGCAGGAACUACGUCGGCCAGACCACGAACUGAGAAAGGAACGAAGCACUGUUUCGUUAGAGAACCCGCCUCUCUCGCAAUCAAGCGAGUCAAUCUUCAUGCCAACCCAAACAAGGACCCACCGCCGUACAUCCUCAGUAUUCUUCAGCAACGGAGGGAUAUUCGAUAUUGGGUCAAGCAGCGAUGACGAGCUCGAACGAUCAUACAUGCUUCGUCCCAAACUCGCAGGCCACCGAACGUUCUCAGAGUCAUCUUCAUUUGGCAGAGUAGCUCCGAGCCACGGGCCCCGCAGCCCUGUCCGGUCCCGACGAUCAUCAUUAUCCUCUAACCCGGCCUACAAUUUCUCCUCCACGGCUCGUCGCAGUUCCCCAAAGCAGGUUUAUACGCCGUCGGCUCGCGAUUUCUCCGUGACCAUACCACCUUCAUCCCGCCAUCUGCUCAGUAUGACUCCAACGCCAACACUCCUUCCGAGCUCGCCUGAGCCCCUCAGGCGCAAGCGGCAGACUUGA